UUUCAAUAAUGACUGCACGUGACUGAGCGCGUCCACUGUACUCGAACCUACUUGAACAGACAAGUUGUGGCUCUUAUUUUGCAAAUAUUCUCUCUUGACCAUCUGCGAGUUUGGACAUUAUGGAUCAGAUCACUUCCGCCCUUGCUCCCUCCAGAACCUCUCACAAAACUGCCGUCUCUGGCUCAGCACCUGACGGUCCUGGUAGUGUGACAAAACGCUUAAGUAACGAACUCAUGACCUUGAUGAUGUCAUCAUCUCCUGGUAUCUCUGCCUUUCCUAAAAGUGAUGCAAACCUGUUUGAAUGGGUGGGCACAAUAGAAGGCCCGGCGGGGACUAUUUAUGCCGGACUAUCAUUCCGAAUCUCUAUCGCAUUCCCCAGCAAUUAUCCAUACUCACCACCCACGAUCAAGUUUGACACACCCUGUUAUCACCCCAACGUUGACAUUGCAGGAGGCGCGAUCUGUCUUGAUAUCUUGCAGGACAAAUGGUCCGCUGUAUAUAGCGUGCAAACUGUAUUAUUAUCGUUGCAAUCACUGCUAGGAGAACCCAACAAUGCUUCUCCGCUUAAUGGUGACGCUGCAGGGUUAUGGAAUCAGCCUGACGCCUUUAAAGCUCAACUGCUGAAACACUACCGUCCGAUUGAGACCUGUACAUAACGCCGUUGUAUCGUCAGGGUUGCUGGCUCUUUUGUUAUUCCAUACGUCGAUCGUAGUGUUUUCGAACUCGCACAUUUGUAGAUGGCGAUGUGUUGUCCUUGUUCGAUAGUACAUAUAUAUCCCAUUUUUGUUAUCUUUGCUAUUAUGAUCCAAUGGAGAUAGGCGCUGAGCGCGGAGCUUUCACAUUUCAGUG